UAUCAUUUUUUUUUUUUUGGCCAAUUAACUCUCUCGAGUCUCGUCCCUCCAGCCUGCGAUUGCAGCUUCUGCUUCUUCUUCUUCUUCUUCUUCUUCUUCUUUUUUUUUUUUUGCUUUUAUUUUUUUUUUGGGGUUUCUCUGUUAAUAUCUCAUACGCCGUGAAGUGGAUUCGAUCCAAUCCAUACGCAAGUUAUUGGAAUCGGCUUGAUUCAGAUUGUUCGGUUUCGUUUCGAUCGUUUGCUGCGCUCUCGUCGGUCGGCUUUCGCUGAAUCCGGGAUUUUUCGAGAGUUUGGCGAGACGCCUGCGCUAGGGUUACCGAGGCCGCAGAUCUGAGUCCGUUUGGUUCCGUGGAGGGGAUUUCACCGUAUAAUUCAAAAUGUUUUGGCGUAUGGCGGGGUUGUCCACUACGUCUCCUGUGGAGACUAUUUUGGAUAAGGAAAAUUUUACAUUGGAGGAGCUUCUUGAUGAGGAUGAAAUUAUUCAAGAAUGCAAAGCUCUUAAUGGCCGCCUUAUCAAUUAUUUGCGAGAAAGAGCUCAGGUUGAACAGCUCAUUCGAUAUAUUGUGGAAGAAUCUCCCGAGGAUUCAGAAAAGAGGCGAACUUUCAAGUUUCCUUUUAUUGCUUGUGAGAUUUUUACUUGUGAAGUUGAUAUUAUACUCAAAACCCUGGUUGAGGAUGAGGAGUUGAUGAACUUGCUAUUUUCCUUUGUGGAACCAGAACAUCCCCAUAUUACUCUAUUGGCUGGGUACUUUAGCAAGGUUGUCAUAUGCCUGUUGUUGCGUAAGACUGUUCCUUUUAUGCAUUAUAUUCAAGCUCAUCAGGAUAUAGUCAAGAAGCUAGUUGAUCUGAUUGGGAUUACAUCUAUCAUGGAGGUUUUAAUACGCCUGAUUGGUGCUGAUGAACAUAUGUAUACAAACUAUAUGGAAGCAAUGCAGUGGAUAGAAGGCACAGAUGUGCUAGAGAUGAUUGUGGAUAAGUUCAAUUCUUCAGACUCUCCUGAAGUUCAUGUUAAUGCAGCAGAAACACUUUGCGCUACCACACGAUUUGCUCCACCCGGGCUUUCUGCUAAAAUUUCCAGCCCAAGUUUUAUAGGAUGGCUUAAGUUCCUAUGGUUUUGUGUUUGCAGUUUUAUAGGAAGGCUAUUUCGUCAUGCUUUGGAAGACUCACGACCAAAGUCUGUUCUGGUCAACUCAUUGUCUGUUUGCAUAUCUUUGUUAGACCCCAAGAGGCAAACCUUGGGAAUGUAUCAUACAUACAACCGCCAAGUUACUCAGGGAUCUACAGUAACUGCUAAUCCUGAGACAAUUGAAGGCAUGCUAGAGAGUCUAAGUGAUUUACUCAAGCUUUUGGAUGUUUCAUCUGCGGAGAAUGUCCUAUUAACUACUUAUGGCAAGUUACAACCACCUCUUGGAAAACAUCGCUUAAAGAUUGUGGAGUUCAUCUCGGUCUUGGUGACCGUCGGCAGUGAAGCUGCAGAAAAGGAAUUAAUUCGCCUUGGAGCUAUACAGAGAAUUUUAGACUUGUUCUUUGAGUAUCCGUACAAUAACUUCCUGCAUCAUCACAUAGAGAGCAUACUAAUGUCAUGUUUGGAGAGCAAGAAUGCUCCUCUUAUUGAUCAUCUUCUUCAGGAGUGCAAUCUUGUUGCGAGAAUUCUUGAAGCUGAAAAAAAUAAUAAAUUGGAAACUGAUUCAAACAAGCCAACUGUCCCUGCUGAGGGUAGAUCACCUCCAAGGAUAGGGAAUAUUGGACACUUAACGCGUAUAUCUAACAAACUUGUUCAAUUGGGGAAUAGCAGCAGUGAGAUUCAGGCGUAUUUGCAGGAGAAUGGUGAAUGGAACGAGUGGUACACAAAUGUUCUAUCAAAGCAGAAUGCGGUGGAAAAUGUCUAUCAGUGGGCCUGUGGGCGGCCAACAGCACUUCAUGAUCGGACUAGGGAUAGUGAUGAUGACGAUUACCAAGAUAGAGACUAUGAUGUUGCAGCCCUAGCGAAUAACUUAAGCCAGGCUUUUCGAUAUGGCAUUUACAGUAAUGAUGACAUUGAUGAGGCUCAUGGCUCACUUGAACGAGAUGAUGAGGAUGUCUAUUUUGAUGACGAAUCUGCCGAAGUAGUUUUAUCUUCUCUGCGUCUAGGAGAUGACCAAGAAAGUGGCUCACUAUUUACAAAUUCCAACUGGUUUGCUUUUGAGAAUGACAGAAUUGCCAAUGAACGCUCAACUGCCUCGCUCGCUUCUCCAUCACCUAAUACUGAGGGGGAUGACGUUAUUAAUUGCAGCAGUGAUGAUAAUGUCGUUAUUUGUGAAGACGAUGACUUGGUUGACACUGCAACAUCUUCUCCAGAAACGGGAACAAAAUCAGAAAACACUACACAUCUCAUGUCUGAAAACUCAAGGGAAACAGGAGAUGGUGAAACUGAUAAGCCACCUGAAUGGGUUGAAUGGAGGGAGACUUCAGAUUCUGGUGAUCCAACUGAUGUCGUUCUACCCAACGGUAAGACUCAAGUUGGAUCAAAACCUAGUGAAUCAGAUGUAGCUGAAUCUUCAUCAUCCACUAAUGAAUUGGAGAAGAAUGAUGGAACUUCUGCUGAAGAAUCGCUGGUUUCAACUUAUGAGAAUCCCAGCUCUGAUCCUUCCAAGCAGGAAUUGGAUAAUGGGAAUCCGAGUCUAGGCCCAACCACUUCUAGUGAUGGCGUGAUGGCCGAAGGUGCUCCUGAGACAGAAGAUGACAAAAAAGAUGUUAAUCAAACAGGGAACUGAUGUAAAUUUUCAAGUACCGGUUUGAUCGAGCUAACUCGUACAUUGCAACGUUGUUCGGGUGGGAAGACAGUCUUACAGGUUGGGUAGGCGACUGUCACUUCAGGGCCUCCUGUACAUCAUGAGUGGGGGGGAAUGUUAAAUAGGGCAGAUGAUUCUUUAUCCCCACCCAUGGACAGUUGGUUCUCUUCGUCUCUUUAUCUCUCCCCCUCUCAAUAUCGAGAAAAUUGGAAAGGGAAAGAUCAUUUACCUUUUUGCUAGGUGAUAAAAACUGAAUGCCACAUAUUGCAUGGAUUUUUAGCACAAGAUCGAGUCUACGUCUAUUGUACCAUUUUCCUUCUUCAAGAAGAUUUAGUAUUAUUGAAAAUUUCACCUGGAAUGUCUUGUUUGUCUUACAAAUAAGCACUUUAUGGAUUUCAAUCCAGUCAAGUAAGGCUACACUUUUUUAGUGUACCCUUUGUAAAUAUAAUUAUGUUCUGGCCACGAUUUUGCAUUUUAAGAGUUGGGGCAUUGCUUCCGUAA